AUGCGCACGUCAGCUUGCCUUCCGUUGAAUUCUGCGCACUGCACUUUCACAUGUUUUUUUUUUUUCCUUGCGUUGACACUUACGUGCUGCCUUUUUUGUUUUUUUUCUGGCGCAGUUGAACCGGAGCACUUGCUGCAGCAACAAGAUUUUCUGACGUGUGGCGUCUGCCAGAAGGAGUUCGCGCUCUCGGACAUUGUGCGGUUCAUCCAGCACAAGGUACACUCGUGCAACAAGGAAAAUUGCCUCCUAUUCGACGGGUCGCCCGGUGAGGACGACUUCGACGCCGACCGUCCGGACCUGCCCGUGGGCUCGGCCGCGGCCUCGGCCAACAGCAACGCCGUCGGCGUCACCGGCAACAACACACCAAGCUCGAGACGAUGUCCCGGUUCUCAAGUCUCGGCGCUGUCCUCGCUCAAGAGGUCGCACCACCACGGCACCAGCGGUGGCUCCUCGGUGACGGCUUCGUCCACGUCCUCUCACCACCACCAUCAUCACCGGCUGUCGCACAACAACGUCAGUUCGGUGACGAACAACAGCAACAGCAACCACAGCCUGGACCUCGCCGACCGCCUCAAAGCGAGGGUAUCGUUGGAACCUCACUUGCACAAGUACGGGUCUUCGACGACAACUGGUGGCGGUGCCUUCGGCGCGGCGGCGUCCAGGACCGGGAGCGGUGGAGGUCUGCUAGUCAACGACAGCAAUGGAGGCGGAGGAGGCGUCGCGUCUCCGACGUCUCCCGCCGAGGGCCAUGCGGUCGUGUCCGGUGUAGGACCCGGAGCUGGAGUUCCGUUGGUCAAGUCGCCCCCGGCGUCCUCGGUGUCGCCCGUUAGAAGGCCUGCCUCUACGGUCGACGUCGGCGUCAACACCACCUACACCGAGCCCAACAGUUACACGUGCUUCAGCUGCAAGCACGUGUUUCCUUCAGCCUGGCUUCUGGUCCAGCAUUGCCAGAACAUACACGGCCUCAAGAUCUAUGUGGACGCCAACAUCAGCGCGGCGGGGUCACUCUUUCCUCUGGUGGGCAGCGGCGGCCGGUCCUCCGUCACGCCUCCCCUGCUGCACCGGCCGUCCUCGGCGCAGCCGUCUGUCGGCGGCCUGCCGGCGCCCACCCCGCCCACUCCGGUGGGCUCUUCGUCCACGCCAUCGGCGAGGUCGACGCCGACGUCCUCCACUGAACCUGUCCCUCAGGUGACCUCCACCGCUGGCCCUGGCGUCCCUUCGCUUGCCGGUGUCGUGGAUCCCGUCACGGCGGCGCACCCGGCACUUCAGCUCCUGCGGAUGCCGCUGUCCGAGCGCCAGUUUGCAGCGGCGGGCGCGGCGGCUGCGGCAGCGGGCCUCUUCGGGAGGGCCUCUAGUCACGACUUCCGCGUGGGUGACCUCCUGGCCGACCAGCUGCGGCCGCAGGUUCCCCUUCCACCUGUAAACCAGGCGUCCGCAACUGCGUCCGUGCCGCCCACGACUGCAUCGUCAUCGUCUUCUGCGGUAGCUGCCACAGGUUCCACAAGCAGGGACGGCUUCCGACCGUCUGCGACGCCACAGAGCGCACCACCGUUCGGCUUGCCAGCCAUCGAGCCCCAGCUGGACUUCUACUCUCAACGGCUGCGACAGUUGGCAGGAGCAUCGAGUCCUUCGGAGGCCGCGACGUCGGGGAGCGCCAACGCUCCUUUGUCGCCGCGCAAGGAGCUCACGCCGCCGGCGUUCCCGGCGUCUGGCGCCGCGACCUCGACGACGGGAGCCCCGCUGACGCCCACGACAUCGUCCGCGCCCGCCAAGACGUCGUCGGACGGCACGCCCACGUCGCGCGCAGCGUCCCCGAAGCUUAAGUCGUGCGAGUACUGCGGCAAGUCGUUCCGCUUCCAGAGCAACCUCAUCGUGCACCGGCGGUCACACACGGGCGAGAAGCCGUACCGCUGCCACAUCUGCAACCACGCGUGCACCCAGGCGAGCAAGCUCAAGCGACACAUGAAGACGCACCGCGGCUCGCCCGGGUCGGGCAACAACACGAGCGUCGAGUCGGCCCGAUCAACGCCGGAUGGCGCAGGUGGCGGUGGUCCUCGUACCAACGGUGACGACGGCUCGGAGGAUGGUGCUGCCUCGUGCGACGAGGUAGAGGACGAGGAAGAAGAGGAGGAGAUGGACGAGGAAGAAGAGGAGGAAGAGGAGGAGGAGGAAGAGGAAGAAGAGGAAGACCUGGACGACGAGAGCGGCGCUGGAGGCGUUGACAGGGCCCAGGACCUCACGGUACGGGGCGGCAGCGGGACGGGCUCUUCUGUGGGCCCAUCCGAGCGCAAGUCCCUGCUGGGCGAGGUCAUGGAGAAGAUCGGCCUCACUAACAUCCAGCAGUACAGCGAGGCCUACCGGCAGGCGCUCGAGGAGAGUGGCACCCUGCGCAACGCUGUCAAGCAGGAGCGACCAGGGUCGGCCGCUCCCAGCAGUGACACGUCGAUGGCCGAGAACGGUUCCGACGUGGUGGGCAGCAAGUCGCUGCCACACGCGGCGCUCGACUUCGGUGGCAGCCUUCUGGGAGCCUUCGAUGGCGACGCCGCUAGCAAGAGGCUCAAGCUGGACCUGGCCGCGGCGGGAGAGCGCGACGUCUUUCCCGCCGGUCUCUGGCUGCCCUCGAUGGCCCACCGUGACUUCUACCUGGGCCUUCACCAGCAGGGCGCCGCUGACCUGGAGCAGCGGGCCAAAGAGCUCAAGCUGGGCACUCUGAGCCCACGCCCCGGUCCAAGCGGCGCGGCUGCUGCCCUGGCCCUGAUGGGCUCCCACCUGGGCAGGCCCAAGGACCGGCGCAACGACACGUGCGAGUACUGCGGGAAGGUCUUCAAGAACUGCAGCAACCUCACGGUGCACCGGCGAUCGCACACGGGCGAAAAGCCCUACAAGUGCGAGCUCUGCAGCUACGCCUGCGCGCAGAGCUCCAAGCUGACGCGGCACAUGAAGACCCACGGGCGCGUCGGCAAGGACGUCUACCGGUGCCGCUUCUGCGACAUGCCUUUCUCGGUGCCCAGCACGCUGGAGAAGCACAUGCGCAAGUGCGUCGUCAACCAGAACGCCCAGUCGCUGGACUCCGACUCGAAGGACAUGACGUGACGCCGCCGAGGCCGUCCCUCGUCGACGUCGCUGGCGCCGCCUCGCACAGGACUCGUGGGGCCCGCCGCCGCUGCCCCGUUCGUGGCGUCGUGGCGCCGAGCGGCCCUCGGGCAGCCCUGGGUCGCGUCUCUUCCGCACUGAAUACACUUUUGAGGCCGCCGUAACGUCGGUGACCGACCUUCUCGCAGUGGUAGCCCGUCGUUUACCCCUGAAGUCCCCGAGUCAUCGCGAGUCGCGCCUGCCUGUACGUCGGCGCGAGCGUGUACCUGUGUGUGCGUGCGUGUUUUGUUCAUAUACUGUUCCGGACUUCAUCAUUCACUGUGGUCUUCUACUCUGUCUGCCUCUCUCCUCUGCAGACUUGUUCCCGCCUCCCACCCUUUGGCGAUGGAGUUGGCACGUUCUUUUCUCAGCAGUGUGUUGUUUUCCAUCGCUGAUUCUUCAAUUUUUGUUUGUCCACUGGCUUCUCAAAGACUUUAAGGUGUUGAAGGCCUGUCAAUCGUGGACCUUACCUGAUACCCUCGGUGGUAACAUGUGUUCAUAUCCCUGUCUCGCUCAAGGGCGUUAAGGAAGAGCUUCAGUACAGUAGUUCAUGCUUGGGAGAAAGCUGUGGCCCCGCCUUGUCAUGGAAAGGAGGAGAGAAUGCAUUGUGUGGUUGGCAUAUACAUUUAACAAAUUAUCUCUACAGUGCAAAAAGGCUUCAUUCAGUGCAUUGCUGCUGGGCAAAAAGCCAGCCUGGCGCACUAAAACGUUAGCUGAAGUCGGUCACUGUCAGAAGAUUCACGCGCAUUUUCUAUAGGGCGUAGAACAUUGC